AAGCCGCGAAUAGACCCGACUUUACCGCGUUCCGGAUCACCCAAUCCCCAAAUCUAGCUCCGAAUCUCCGCCAUGGACUUCCACCGCAACCCUUCCACAAACUCCCCCUCAUCCUCCACCUCCUCCACUUCCUCCUCCAUCGUCCACCACCAACCUCCUCCCUCCACAGCCGCCACCGACAACGAUCCGAUGCACUCUUGGUGGGAAUCCGUCUCCAAACAACGUUCCCGCAUCCUAUCCCUCGCCGCUCUCCUCCCUUCUGGGGGAGGCAUCGUUUCUUCCUUGGCCGAUUCCGAUCGUCCCGCCGUUUCUCUCCUCUCGUCUCCCUCGGUUUGUUCUCUGAUUUCCUCGGCCCUUUCUUCUGCUACCUCCGGUUCCGGAUCCGACCUUCUCUGCCAAUGGCUCUACGAAACUUUCCAAUCCACCGAUCCUCAUCUCCGUCUUCUCGUCCUCUCUUUUAUACCUCUUCUCUCCGGAACCUACCUUUCCCGUAUCCACUCAUCGGAUUCUUCUUCUCUGCCGUCGCUAGCCGGAUUCGAAGCUGUUCUCCUCGCCGUUUACGCUUCCGAAGCUAAAUCCCGUGCCGGAAAACCACUUCUCGUCCAAAUUCCAGACCUCUCCCAACCAUCUCUUUACCACACUCCUCGUUACAAGUCCAUUGACGACAGAUCUGGACAAUCCGUCGGCGUUUUAUCACCUCCACUCGAGCCACAUUUAGAAGUUAAGUCGACUAAGCGAGCUAUCAUCGUUGGAACGGUGUUCGAUUGUUAUUACAAGCAAGUUUCUCAAAUGCCGGCUUGGUCUAAACUGGAUUUCUGCAAAUUUGCCGUCGCUUGGGGCGGGCAAGAUUGUCCUUGCAAGACAAAAUUCGACCGGGAUGACAAUGAUCACCGUGAAAACGUUAAUGCAAACAGUAACGGUUACGAUCAAGUUUGUAGAGAGGAUUCUGGUUUUAGCAACGGAACAAGAAGCCGCGACGGUGAUGAAGCGGACUACGAGGAUGAUGUGAUCAAGGAAGUGGUGGUGGUGGAGAUGAACAAUUUGGGGAUUAAUGGCAAUGUUGAGAAUUUGGAGGCAAAGGGUGUGAGGAUCCCGUUACCUUGGGAACUUUUAAGGCCGGUGGUGACGAUUUUAGGGCAUUGUUUGUUUGGUCCGUUGAAUUCCCAAGAGGUGAAGGACGCCGCCUCCGUCACAGUUAGGUGUUUAUAUGCGAGGGCCUCUCAUGAUUUGGCGCCACGAGCAAUCUUGGCUUUGCAGAGUCUUAUAAGGCUUGAUAAGAGUGCAAGAGCAGCUGCAAUGAGGGCAACCGAUACGACUUCCAAUGCUAACACACCUAGCAAGGCUAAGAAGCCGGAAAUCCUAUUGGUUUCCAAGUGAUUUCAUGGUUUUGCUUGUGCAGGUAAUGGAUGUGUGCAUAUUUAAGCUCGGGUAUCUUUGUGUAGGAUUAUUUACACACUAUGUGGAAAAUCAAUUUUACAACUACUAGUUUAGUAUCAUUAUCAUCCUCGAAAUUGUAUUGACCCUGCCUUCUCCUAGAUUGUGUUUAGUAAUUUUUUAUCGUUUGUGAGGUCGAAUUUGAUUCUUGUGGAUUUAUGAUUGCAUAAGAUGUGUGGAAUUUUUUU